AUGACCUUGGAGCUCUCCUUGCCAGCCAUGGAGGCCCUCCUCCACCUGCAAGGACUUCACGCCGCCACGCCGGAUCCCUCCUCCUGCGUCCGCUGGAUCCCGCCGCCGCCGUUCUACACCGAGCAGACACAUCGUCCCCGGCCCCUCGAGCCGCCACCCGGAGCCACGGGAAGCGGCCGCGGGUCGCCGGGAGCCUCCCCAGCCGCGGGAGCCCGCCCCCGCCGCCGGAGCCGCCCCGCCGCGCCCUUCGCCGCCCCUCAUCCUCGGCGGCGAGAGGCACGCAGGAGCCGCCGCCAGGGACGUGGACGUGUGCGGGCCAACCACCGGCGUACGAGGCCGCGCCUGAGCCUGCGGCGCGGCGGCGCGGAGCCCUCCGCCGCCAGUUCCCUGCCGGUUCGAGAUCGCCACCGGUCCCCUCCGUGCCGUCAUCGUCCUUCCUGCUACCAGCUCCGUCCUCCGCCCUAUCUCCGCGGCAAUGUUCUGCUCCAUCCAUCGGCGCAAACAACCUAUAGAGUCAAGGAGUAGAAUACCAAAAUACGAGCUGCAAAAGUGACUCAAAUUCCUCUUCCCUCACAAGUAACUACACUGGUAAUU